AUGACACUUUAUGGUUUCGUCCGCGAUCACUUGAAGGAUCCCCAGGCAUCAUACACCGACCGUGCUCGAUGGGCUCUCCUGCAGGUGUGCCCUCAUGUGCUGUUCCGUGACAUUUUCAAUGCACUGUUCCUCAAGCUACUUGAUCUUAAACAUCACGGCUUGAACCCUCUCUCGCUGCUGACCCACAACGUGUACGAGGAUGCGAAGGGAGUCCUUGUCGAGCGCGGAUGUCUACCAAAGAUCAAGGAUGACACCAGACUCCUAGUCAUCAACGAUAAGGCACAGUUCCUUGGCGACCAGUUCAAUGGCUCUUUCCAGUCGAUGUCUAAGACCAUCGAGGAAGCAGAGGACAGGCUGGUAUCUUGGGCGUAUCGACACAUCAACGGCAAUUUGUGCUACGAGAUAUCUCGCCUCCACGACAAGCACAACACAUACAAGGAUCAGCUUGUGGAGUCUAUUAUGCUGGUCUAG